UCGACAGUAAACAAAAAAAAGAAUAAAGUGUAAAUAACUAUCUAAUUGUGUGAAAUAAUCUAGUGAACUAUGUAAACUUGAGAGAAACGGCUAAAUCAACAUGUCUAAUGCAAAAAGAGAGACCUCCCCUUUCCUGAAACAAUGCUUCGUGACAGCGGCAGUCUGUAGCAACAUCGCGGGGCACGGCUGCAUUAUUGGCUAUCCAGCCAUCCUGCUGCCACAGCUGCGACAGCCUGGCUCACAGCUCACCCUUACAGACGAACAGGGCUCAUGGAUUGCGUCCGUGUUAGGUAUUACCAUCCUGAUAGGCAACUUCAUGACUCCCCCUCUUAUGGAGCGGGUGGGCAGGAAGGUGGCACACUUCGCUGUCACACUGCCCAUCAUCGCUGGCUGGCUUGCCACCAUAUUUGCUUCAAGCUUUGAGGCAUUAUUAAUCGGGAGAAUUCUUCAAGGCAUUUCGUUCGGUAUGAUUCUACCUUUGGGAUCAGUGCUUGUCGGAGAAUACACCAGUCCGAAGAACCGAGGUGCAUUCCUCAUGUCAGUCUCCUGGGCUCAAGCUUUCGGUAUAUUCUUCGUCCACCUUGUCGGGUCUUUAAUCAGCUGGAAGAAGACCGGCAUGAUCUGCCUCUCAUUCUCCAUAGCCAGUCUACUCAUGACUCUCUACGCCCCUGAAUCACCAAGCUGGUUGGCGUCUAAAGGUAAAUACGACGAAUGUAAAAAAGUAUUCAGAUGGUUAAGAGGUGAUGAAGAAGAUGAUGAAUUAGAAAAGAUGAUACAAACAAAACUUGUGACAGAACUACAGAUGAAAAAGAAAAUCACAUUUAAUGAAAUAUUAGAAGUAGUCAAGAAGAGAGAGUUUAUAAUUCCUAUAGUUUUAAUGGUACACGCUAAUGCUAUGAUGCAAUUCGCUGGGGGGACUACCAUGGCGGCUUAUUCUACUACAAUUAUUCGUUUAAUAAUGGGUCCUGACGCAAGUGCACAUUUCUGGAUGGUAGCUUUGGACGCGCAAAGGUUAAUAUCAAAUACACUAGCAGUUUACAUAAUUGACAAAAUGAAAAGAAGGACUAUGAUGUUUUUAACUGGUGGAUUGUGUGUUGUAAGUCACAUAGCUAUCGCAGGUUAUGUCUACUUGAAGGUAAACAAUUUGCUACAUUACGAUGCUGUUUGGAUUCCUGUAGUGUUAAUAAAUCUGCAAUUCUUCUCAGUAGCAACAGGCAUGGUGCCUUUGCCUAAUGUGAUAGCUGGAGAAGUGUUCCCCUUGGAAUACAAAGGUAUUGGAGGCAGUAUUAGCGUUGUCUCUAUCGCUGCGUUUAUCUUCGUGACUCUUAAAACUUUCCCUGGCCUGAUAGGUUCAAUAUAUUUACACGGAACGUAUUUAGUUUACGCGGCAGUUUUAACAUAUAAUUUGGUUGUGAUAUGGUAUCUUUUGCCGGAGACGAAAGGCAAGACGUUGCAGGAAAUUGAGGACGAAUUUAAAGCUAAAAAAGGAAAAGUUAAAGAUAUAGAAGAUGUUUUAGAAACGACUAAGAUAAAUGAUAAUUGUAUAGAAGAUGGCAAAAUUAGUGAACUUGAAACACUGAGAGAUAAGGAAUAGAAAAAUAAAUCGUAAAUAGCUUGCAAAUGUUGGAUCGUUGCUGAAAUUUAGUUUCGAGAGAUGGCUC